AUGGACUCGAGGCUCAAUGUGCCUCAAUCCUCUGGGAAUGGACUCGACGAUAUCUCUGAGUUAUUCAAUGUGCCUCAGUCAUUUGAUUUUAGAUUCGGGCAUAUUUCCCAGAUUCAGCCUUCCGAGUCGCGUCAGUCAGAGUUGCAUGAACCCAAUGUGCGCCAAUCCUCUGGGAAUGGACUCGACGACAUCUCUGAGUUAUUCAAUGUGCCCCAGUCAUUUGAUUUUAGGUUCGGGCAUAUUUUCCCGAUUCAGCAUUCCGAGUCGCGUCAAUCAGAGUUACAUGAGCCCAAUGUGCCUCAGUCCUCUGGGAAUGGACUCGACGGCAUCUCUGAGUUAUUCAAUGUGCCUCAGUCAUUUGAUUUUAGAUUCGGGCAUAUUUCCCAGAUUCAGCCUUACGAGUCGCGUCAGUCAGAGUUGCAUGAACCCAAUGUGCGCCAAUCCUCUGGGAAUGGACUCGACGACAUCUCUGAGUUAUUCAAUGUGCCUCAGUCAUUUGAUUUCAGAUUUGGGCAUAUUUCCCCUAUCCAACCCUCACCCGAGUCAUCAUCAAACGGAUAUGCCUCCAGUGACUGCACAAAGAAUACUGUCCAAUGA